GUAGUACAUAAUUUUGAGGCGUAAGGUGGCGUUGGAAUUUGUUGACAGUCUGGCUAAAAAUUGUCAAUAUGAUUCCUUGGUAUAUAAUCAAACACUAUCUGCAAAAACACUCUAAGUUUUGCACGUCGACAAUAAUCCUUCUUCUGCUUACAUUCAUCUUCAACAGAUAUUUUUCACUCAUUCUUAUAAUAUGGUCAUUUAUAUUUGGAUUAGCAGCCACUUAUAGCUGCAUAAGUUCAGACACACUUUUACCAAGUUUCCUGUUUAUGUACCAGCGGAUGAAAAAGGAGGCUGAGGAAGAUGAUGAAUUUACUCUAAUGAAAACAGUGUGUACUGUUUGUGGCCAGCGUCGCUGUCCAAGACAUAGACCAGAGCUCAACAUACUUGCAUUUCAACCAUGGACUUACUUAAAAGUCCGAAAACGAGUGGAUGAGUCUAUUGAAGAGUUUGCAGACAUUGUUUUAAAGGAAUUUCUUUACACCUGGUACAGAGAUCUCAGUGAAGACGAAGGCUUUCCUGAUGAGCUGAAGACCAGCAUUCGAUUCUUGGCCUCUGUUCUACUUAGAAGAUUAAAGAAGGUGGAUAUUUCAAAAAUGGUUAGUGAGAAAUUAAUAAAAGCAGCCACUCAACACCUACAUGUUUAUUUGGAAGCUCGUAAGCAUGCUUCCCCUGGAAGUGACCUCCAGCAAGUCACCUUGGAACGCUUGGGACCCAACAUGCAUGUUUCUAUGCUGAGUCGAAAGUGCGAGCUGGAGUACCUCCGUCGACUGGUGGAAUCCCUGUUUCCUUAUAUUCUACCUCCGCAGGCAGUCAAGUCUCACUGUACAUGUGCUUUGAUCAGGGAGAUUUUGGCAGGCUCAGUCCUACUUCCUGCUCUAGAUGCUGUAGCUAACCCUGAUAUGGUGAACAACUUGAUACUCAUUUUUCUUGAUAAGACACCACCUCCGGUUGUCACAGAACCACUAUCUCUAUCUGUACCAUUCCUGGAGCAUUUUGCUAAACCUCUCACGAAAAAUAAAUCGUGUCUGAGAGUGGAACUCAAGGACAUUCUGUGCAGAGAAAGGCCUAAACAUCUGUAUCCAUUCAUGCAGUUCCUAAAAAAUGAAGGAGCAAUCAAUGUACUGCAGUUCUCAUUGGCUUGUGAGGACUUUAACACGCGUAUACUGAGCCCAGAGCUGUCCCAGGGAGAUUUAGUGGAGCUUCACAACAUGGCUAAGGACCUGUACAGAAGUUACUGUGCUAAAGAUGCUGUUGAUAGAAUUAAGUUUGAUGAGGAAAUUGUCAGUGAGCUGGCAGAGGUGGUCGACAGUCCCCCGGACCAGGUUGUGAAAUUACGGACAUCCACCCCUCUCUUCAAGGCGUAUGAUCACACCUAUGACCUACUGGAGAACACAUUUCUACCUUUAUUUCAUCAGAGUGAUGAUUAUUACACCAUGUUGUGUGGAAGCAGAGAGCCUAGCCAGGUAGCACGGGCGAUGCCAAAUUUGUUAGCCCCUCCCAGACCAGCUCUCUAUAACAUUAGGCCGGUGGAGAGGAGGGGCUUUGGUCUCUCCAAUAUCGGGACCAAGAUCAAAGGAGUGUUCAGGAGUGGAGAAAUGAGAUCACUUCCAGAAACGGCGCCAGAUUUUGAAGAUUCUGACAAAAUCACAAUAAGUUCCUGUAAUUCUCUGGAUGACGAGAUCUCGGACUCUGUCAUUGGGGACGGAGAACUCCCCGAUUUUACGGAGAUAAACAUCCCCGAUCUCAGUACAUGGCGUGUUUCAAUCCCGCGUAUUGGAGCGAGGCCUGACCCUGAUAAUAUGAGGAAGCAGUUUUUUGUAUUCAUCAUAGAUGUCCGCAGGGUAGACAUGUCCAACGAGAAUCCUGGAACUAAUUCUGGCAAGCCUAAUUGGGUUGUGGCAAGACGUUACCAAGAGUUUUAUGUACUGGAAAACAAAUUAGCUGAGUUUCAUGAAGGCCUUCUUCAGGAUUGUAAACUUCCUCCAAAAAAAGUGAUCGGAACCAGCAAACAAGACUUCAUUGAGGGCAAGAGGGACCAGUUUGAGACAUAUCUACAGAAAUUGUUGACUAAGCCAUAUUUGACGGGCAGUCAGCUCUUGUACAAUUUUCUGACAACAGAAGAGGAAUUUACAACAGGGUUUCUCCCGGAUAUCAAACUCGGCAAAAUGUUCAAGUCAGGGGCAAUGAAACUCGUGAAAGAGAGAGGGCAGCACCUGGAUCUGUACCUGAAUUCUUUUGAACAGUCAACUAUUGCUUCGCCUCCUAAACCAAGCAAGCUGGAGAGGAGGGGAUCUGAUGUGUCCCUGAAGUCUACCUCCAGUGAGAAGCUGUGUGCGGGGUUAUACGAGAAUAAUGCCAACUACUCCAACGACAGCAUCUGUUCCAAUCUGUCACGAAGUUCUGAUGGAUUGGAGUGGUAUCCCAUGGCAACCUCAGACAUGGAUACCUACAAAGGGCAGGAAGUUGAGGGUGCUUACGAUAUAAUUGUGUACAUUGCUCGUUUUGUCUAUGGUGUACCAGACUGGUUCCAUCACUUACUGAUGACUGGUAGAAUUCUCUUCAAAUCCUCACUAGAACAUUACUUGCAGUUAUUUAUAGAGAAGAAAGUUGAGCAGGUUACUCAGGAGCACAGAGUCGUGGGACUUGUGCAUUUACUCAGGGAUGUGUUAUUUUUUGACAAAGAUCCUCCAAGGACGGAUGAACAGAAGAGUGAGCGAUUCAGAAAAUGUCUGCAGGGUUGUCUGGAUUACCUUCCCAGUGCUUUUGUCUCAAUGGUUGGUAGAAGGAACCACGAGCAGGGGACAAAACUCCUAUUGGAAGUUCUACAGCAACCCAAACUGAACAAGCAGUUGUCCUAUGUGUUUUUAGACAUUCUCGUUCAGGAAUUAUUCCCGGAGCUGAGAGGAUAGACCUUAUUAGUACUUUAGUAUCCUUCAUCCACCGUGUUGUUCUACAAACACUCACAUUUUACCUGUGUUUGUUACACUCAGUCAGUGUCAUUUUGGAAUUUAAUUCUCAUGGUAGGAUGUAGUGAAACAGUUGAUUUUAAACAAAACAAAAAAUGAAAUGAAAUAAAAACAGUAUCAAGAGGUUUGAUUUGAUGUACAGUAUUGGAUGUGGAUUUGAAUUGAAAAGUUUUUAUUUUGUUGUUGCGGUCUUCUAAUUACAUUGAAAAAAGUAUGUAAAAGGUGUAUUUUUAGGUUCCCCCGAAGUCAAUUUAAUUGAUAUUGUUGAGUGUGAAGAAAACAAUUUCUAAGGUAAUAUUUGAAAUAUAAAAAGGGUAAAAAAGUAUUUAUUGUAUGUCAUAAUAUUUAUUUUGUCGCAGUUUGAAACUGAAAAUGGCUGGAUAUAUUGCUGUCAGCGUAGAGAAAAUCAAAAUGCUCUUUGUUAACCGAAAUGAUUUGGAUUUUUUAUAGUUUGAUUGUAUUGUGCAGAUAUAGGAAGUCACAAAUUUAAGAUGGUACAAUUUUGAUCAAGGGAAACUUUAAAGGGAUUGGUUCACAAUUUUUUAUAGUAAUAUUUUUCAUUUUUGAUGGUAAACAUUAAAAAUGUAACUCAUUUAAUGUUGACAGCCAAAAUUUUGACCUUCUGAAUGCAAGAAUAAAAGCAAUAUUUUAGCCUUAAAUCUUUGUUAUGUAAACAAACAUUUGAGUCUUUUUAUGUAUACAAACAAACAAGUGAAAUAUUGAUUUUGUGAUAUAAAGCAUCUUAAUUUUGCAUCGUCAUAAAUUUGAAGUUUUAGAUGAGACAUUUUACCCCAAAAUUGCUUGAAAUAUGAAAGAUAUAAUAAACUUAGAUCGAUAUCCAUUUCUUUAAAAAAAAUUGUAAACAAUAACAUACCGCAAUCUUUGUUUACAAAACAAAUAAUAAACUCUCUAAAAUGAGCUUCUGUGAUAAAAUAUAACGUAAUUUUUUAUGGGAACUCUUUUAAACACAUUAGACAGUAGAUUUUGAUCAUUAAAAGUGAAAAAGAAAGUUUUAGGGAAAAUCGUGAAUCGGUCUCUUUAAGUUUCUCUAACAUUUGUGUACAGCAGCAAGGUCCGGCAUUAUUAUAGAAUUAAACUUCAAUGUUAUCUCUCUCCACUAAUUUCAUCCUACAUUAAUGUAUUUAUGAUGUUAUUAGAUUGUUGAUAUUUAUUAUAUUUGUUUUUCUGUCCAAGAAAUGUUUUGUGAGAGUAUUACAUGUAAUACUAUGAAGGAUAGAUUUUUUAUUGAAUACUGUGAUAUGCAUGUAUGUUGUCACGUUUUGAAUACCUUCUAAGUGUGAUUUUCAUUCUCUCUCUCUCAAAAAAAAAGAAGUAUGAAGUGUUGGAUAAAAUAAAAAAAAAUUCAUUUGUUAAACAGUGUAUUAAUACUAUUUGGCUGACAGGUUUUUUUUUUGGGGGGGGGGUGUUGUUAAGACAUGCUCCAUGUUGACAAAUUUAUAAAAUACCAAUGUAUUAACAAAAAUUAAACACAUGACACAUAUAUGGUUAAGCUUAGUUUUAAAUUUUUGGGUUACAGAUUAGAAAUUUUAAAACUGCAAUCAUCUUUGUAAGAAUUCUGUCUCAUUAUUUGCUCAUGAUUAUGGGAAAGCUCUGUUCAAAAAUGUGUUACACAAUAUUGUGUAAAGUGAUGUUUUAUUAUUUUAUUUCACGGUUUUAUUGCAGUAAUGUGAAAUAUUUUGUUGAAUUGCAUAAUCAAACUGUACAUGUGCAAUAUUGUUGUCUGUGAUAAUAAAUGUGUGACACCCUG